AUGGAGAUCAAAGAGGAACUGCAAGAACCAAGUUAUAUGUCACCUAAACUAUUACUAUAUUCGCAACGUUUCAAAAAACCAGGUCAAUUGCAAGGGGGGUUCACUUCACCAUCACACAGUGUAGCCACCGUCCCAUUCCAAUGGGAAGAGGCACCCGGAAAACCAAGAUUCACCACUAAUAUUAAUCCGCAACCACAAAAAUCUAAUUCCUUCAGGUCAUUAGAUCUCCCUCCAAGAAUGUUCAGUUCUAAGAGCAAAAGGGAAUUCAUACUGUCACCAAAAACUGUUUUGGAUGGGCCCGAUGUAGACACACAAUCUUCGAGUUGGAUAGUUGGUAAGAGUAAGUGGAAGAUCAUAAAUCCGUUGAGAAAGAUUAUGUCUAAGGAAACGUCACGCAUUAAGUAUAGUUCGUGGAGUUGGGAUGGUUUCAGGGAUAUCAGCAGCAGAGGUAGUGUCAGUGGAGGAAGUGGAGAUACUUCAUUUUCGACUUCAACUUCAUCUGAUGGCCUUUCAUAUUCUCUCGAUUCCAAGUUAAAGAGCAAAAAACUUUCCAGAAUACACAGAUUUUUUCCUUUAGAUGGAACCACUUCUAUUAUCUUGGAAAACAUGUAUGAGGGCAUAAAUCAAGUCGUCCCAUGGAGACGAUAA